AUGAACAACCCGCUGAAAUAUGAGGUUCAUGCCUUUAUCACCAGAUCCCAUGCAAGUCUCAUCGACAAGAACAUCCUUCAGCGCUUCCAAAAUGUGACUGGCCGCGAGCCGCAUCACUUUUUGCGUAGGGGUAUCGUCUUCAGCCAUCGAGACUUGGAGAUCAUACUUGAUAAAUAUGAACGCAAGGAACCAUUUUAUCUCUUCACUGGACGCGGUCCAAGCAGUGAGAGUCUGCAUCUUGGGCAUUCUAUACCGUUCGAAUUCACAAAAUGGCUUCAAGAUGUUUUCGAUGCUCCGCUUAUCAUGAUGCUCACCGAUGACAUGAAGCUUCUACAUUCUGCUUCCUUGGAUGUACACACAGUGAAGCGAUACACAGUGGAUAACGCCAAAGACAUACUUGCCUUCUCAUUCAAUCCGCAAAAGACAUUUAUGUUUUCGAAUCUCGAUUUCGUCGGAGGGGCAUUUUAUCAGAAUAUCAUUCGCAUUGCCCGUAUGAUCAAAGUCUCGGACAUUAAACAGGCGCUUGGCUUUGAGGAUGAACACAAUGUCGGCAUGUUCUAUUGCUGCUCAACUCAAAGCGCAGGCACAUUCGCAACGUCCUUCCCCGAUAUCCUUGGACAGGAAGACCGAGUCUUACUUCAAAAGAUGGGAUGUCUGAUUGCCUGCUCUUGGGAUAUCGACGGCUAUUUCAGCGAGGUGAGAAAGUAUGCCGAAGCUUUGGGCUCUCAACGAGCUGCUUUCCUCUACUCAAGCCUUCUGCCUUCUUUGCAAGGGCCAGAGGCGAAGAUGUCAGCUUCAGUCCCUGUGUCAGCAGUCUUUCUGACUGAUGAACGCGCAUUGGUGCGACAAAAGAUUGAGCUUGCCUUCCCUGACGAUGCGAGCUUCAACGUAGAAACGCUCUUUGAGUACCUGAACUUCUUUCUGGAGAAUGAUGAAGAGUUGGCACGAUUGGAGAUUGGAUUUGAGCAGGGUACCGUGCAGUCAAUCAAGCUCAGGGAGUCUCUUAUAGUUGCAGUACAGCAGACUGUGUCGUCAUUCCAGAAGAGCAGGGCUCAAAUCACCGACAACUAUCUGGACGAGAUCAUGACACGAAGGCUAAUUCGGUGAUGGUAACAG